CCACCAGAGUAUAUAUGGGUAUUGAGAAGGCAUUACAUGGGUUGGUUUGUGCACUGGUCGACUCCGACCAAUAGGCUGCGCUGUAGGGUGUUUACUGGAGACGUCACUUCCUGUUGUCCCAGUAAAGAAGAGGCAACAUUACAAGAUGAAAAAUAUUCUCCUGCUUUAGCGUGCUAACGGUUUAAUUUUUAAAAGCUAUUAUAGUAACGGCAUAUAUUAUCCCCACAUUCCCCGGAUACUUUGUCAAGAUGCCUGUCCAGUGUAGCAGCUGCUCUGAAAAGCGUGCCGUGCUUAAACGUCCAAAAACCGGCCACUCUCUGUGUAAGGAGUGCUUCUUCUGGGCCUUUGAAGAGGAGAUUCAUCAGACCAUAGUGUCAGCAAAGCUGUUCAAACCCGGGGAGUCUGUGGGAAUCGCUGCCUCCGGGGGAAAAGAUUCCACUGUGCUUGCACAUGUAAUGAAGGUCCUGAAUGAGCGAUACAGCUACGGCCUUGAGCUCAUGCUUCUCUCGGUGGAUGAGGGAAUCACGGGUUAUCGAGAUGACUCCUUGGAGACUGUGAAGAGGAACCAGCAACAGUAUGAGCUGCCUCUGAAGAUUGUGUCCUAUGAGGAGCUGUAUGGCUGGACAAUGGAUGCUAUAGUGAAGCAGGUUGGGCUGAAAAAUAACUGCACCUUCUGUGGCGUGUUCAGGAGGCAGGCGUUGGACAGAGGAGCCAUCAUGCUUAAAGUGGACAAGAUAUGUACAGGUCACAAUGCUGAUGAUGUGGCAGAAACUGUUUUGAUGAACGUCUUGCGAGGGGACAUAGCUCGGCUGCGCCGCUGCACCACCAUCUCAACGGACAGCGAGAACGAAGGGGUCGUGCCACGCUGCAAGCCCCUUAAAUACGCUUAUGAAAAAGAGAUUGUUCUGUAUGCUUACUUCAAGAAAUUAGACUACUUUUCUACUGAGUGUAUCUACUCUCCUAAUGCUUACCGUGGCUAUGCAAGAACCUAUUUAAAGGAUCUGGAGAGUGUGAGGCCCAGUUCGAUCAUGGACGUUAUUCACUCCGGUGAGAACCUGUCUGUGCGCGAGGGGGUAAAGAUGCCUGUCCAGGGAACAUGCAGCCGGUGUGGCUACAUCUCCAGUCAGAAACUGUGUAAGGCAUGUGUGCUGUUGGAAGGGCUGAACCGAGGUCUGCCAAAGCUGGGAAUAGGCAAACACCACCGCUUCCAUGAUAAAAUCCUCUCCCAGCAGCCACUUACAGAGGAGGAGGAGAGAAAGCUGAAAGCAGUAGACUUUUGAAUCAUAAAUAAUGUUUUUGUUUUUUGUUUUUUU